UUAAGCGACCGCGGGACGCCGACGGGGUGUCAGCUGUGGAGUCUCCAGCUGGACGAGCCGCAGCGGCCACAGAGGAGGAGAACGCGGAGCCGGACGGACGGACGGACGGACGCGCUCACUGCCCAGCUCGCGCUGCCUCCUAGGAGCUCGCUGUGCGGAUCAGGUCCCUUCUGUCGCCGAGAGCCGGCAUGGAGACGGUGCAGGAGCUGAUUCCUCUGGUCAAGGAGAUGAUCGCCCAGAAGCCCAGCCGGAGGCUGGUGAAGGUGUACGUGCUGGGCGGCGUGCUGGCCCUGUUCGGCGUGGUGCUGGUCCUGGUGGAGACUGUGUGCAGCCCCUUCACGGCCGCCAGCCGCCUGCGGGACGAGGAGGCCGCCGUGGCCGAGCUGCGGGCCGCCCGGGAGCGCCAGGCCCUGCAGACACAGGCCCUGCCGGAGAAGGGCAAGCAGCACGAAGCCACCCUCUGCAGCCGGGCCCUCUCCAACCGGCAGCACGCCUCCUAGAAACUGUGGGCGCCCCGCAGAGGGUGGGCGAGAGGAGAAAGAAAGAGAGCGAGCGAGAAAGAGAGAGAGGCGGAGACGGAGACGGAAGCUGAUUCCAGCAGGGGAGCGCAGGAGUCCUGAGCCCUGUGGACCUCGGAGAAGCCGCUGCCUGCUAGAACUGAAGCUCACAGAUUUCACCAAAAGGAGUUUGGGGUGGGUUUGCUGCCGUGCAGCACUGCGGAGGGGUGGCAUGUCCAAAGCCACGUGUCUUUGAGCGGAGUGCACCUGUCAUUUUGCACCGUGGCAGAAGGAGGAGAGAUGCUUUUUAUAUUAUUAUUGUUAUUGUUAUUAUUUUUACAAUGACCAUUAUUUUGCAUUUUGAAAAUGAAAGCAUUUUGUACUA